GUUUGGUAAUUUUGUGGCGGGAAGACAGAGCGCAGCAACAAACCACUCGUACUUGCUCUUGCAAGCGACGAUCAAACCAUAUUUUUCCUUCCAAUGUCAUUCCUCGAAGAUUUCCGAGCUAGCCUAGAAUCAUUGCCUACUAUAUUGCAGUGCAAAUAUUCAUUGAUGCGUGAUUUGGAUAAAAGUUUGCAAGAAAGCCAGCGCCAAAAUGAAUUACAUUGUGAACAAGAAAUAGACGACAUUAAGAGAGGAGUUGAGUCUGGUAAUAUUACACCAGAUACUUCUCUUAUCAGAUUCUCAGAUGAUGCCCUUGACGAGCAAAAACACUGCAUCGGGAUUGCUGAUGAAAAGGUUGCAAUGGCAAUCCAGGCCUAUGACUUGGUUGAUGCACAUGUUCAGCAACUUGAUCAAUAUAUGAAGAAACUUGAUGAAGAGCUCAGAAGAGAAAGAGAUCUUGCUGGUGCCGGUGGGGUGGCUGCUCCGAAUCCCAGCAUUAAUGUUAAAUCUGGAAGAGGAAGUGAAAGUAGAAAAGGAGGGCGUAAGAAAAACAUUUUUAUUAAUGUUGAAUAUCAUUUGUUUUGAGGUACAAUUCUUCAAUAUGCUUUUUGAUGCACCAUGCUGGAUGCUGCUAUUGCUGCAGCCAUAUGGCUAUCUUGCAAACCCCUGAAUUAAUUUCAUUGUAGCUGAGAAUCAUGGUUCAUGGAGAGAGGU